AUGUCACUUACAAUAAUCUGGACUAUUCACUCAAGCAGGACUGACGAUUGAAGUGACUUUAAUUGGAAAUACAUUUAUUUAUCAGUGCCGUUAACUAAAAAUACUAGUGUCUUGAAUAGUGGCAAAAUAAUCAGUGCACGGUAUAUGUAAACUAAGAAAUAAAUUAGUGCAUAUUUAAGAUACAUUUAAUGAAUCUGUCUCAACAAUAAUAGAGAGAAAAGUGAGAGGUUGGCUAAGUGGAGUGAUAGACGACAUGAGACGAAGUAGUCCAGUACAACAGUGGCUGGAUUCUCUACCUGCUGAUGCACAAGCAGAGCCAGAAACCUCAAGUGAUGAAGUAAAGCCAACAGAACCAAAGUCUGAUGACAGUAAAGCUGAGGAGUCAGUGACUGAAAACACAGUCAUAGAGCCCAACAAAGAUAAAACCCUGGCAGACGAAAGCUUAGAUGUUCCUAAUGUCAAAGAACCAUGGAAGAGAAAAUCACUUGACAGUGGAUUGCUAACCAGCACUCCACAAAAGACAAAUGUUAAAAGACUGCAAAGGGACCACUCUCUGCAGUCUGAAGUAUAUACUCCAAAGUUUAAGAACCCUUUGCUUAGAGAUCAUUCUCUCCAGUCAGACAAUAGUGGAUCAAGUGGCAGUUCAGUUUUGAAUGUGUUGGGAGCUCGAAAAGUUGAUGCAGAAUCUGUUUUGCUAGCAUUGGGCUUUGGACCAAGUGAAAAACAACAAAAAUUACAAAGAAUACCUGACAGGUUUUUAGCUCCAUCAAAACUAAAAGGCAUCAGCACUGAAGAUUUUAUAAAGAAUGAACAACAUUCAAUGCGCAUGCAUGACUGUGGUAUAUUUGGAUACAGGGGUCUAACUGGGAAUCCUCAUGUUCCACCGUCGACAAUUGUAGCUAAGAUAAUUGGAUGUAUACUCCAAGAUGAAGUGUGUCGUGAAGAGGCGUUAAUAAAAUCGAGACAUUCUAUAGCCGACAUGCGAUCUCAGCCAAACAUUAAUGCAAUUCUCGCCGCGCGUAUGCGUAACAACUAACAAAUUUGACCUCGCAGAACCAUGUGGGUAUACGCGUUAUUUAUGCAUAUUUUUGUUAAUUAUUUCAAUUGACUAUUACCGUUUGUUAAAUAUUAUGUUAUUGUGCAAUCAUUAUUAUAGAAUUCCAAAACUAGCUCAAAUUUUCGCUCAAACAUUGUGAUUAUGAUUCCGUAGAUAUAAAAUGAAAUAGGUCGGUUUCUGAAAGGGACCGUCUAUCUAUACAAGGUGUAAUUUAUAUAAAAAGCCGAAAUUAUUUGACCAAUUAAGUACUCUCGGAGUUCUACAGCUUUACAAAAAGAGAAGGGAAAUGUUGAGAACCACUUGCUGACAAGUCAUAAGUGUAACCUAAUUAUCUUAACGAUUAACCUUUUGAUCGAUCCUAGAUAUUGAAAUAGAUAUGCCUUUAUUAAUCACAAGUCAAAUCACUGAUGGAUUACCUUUAUGAAGACAAAGCGUUUAUUAAUCAGUCAAGGUUAAUGUUUAUAUAUUUUAAAUGAUAAUAAUGUUUCUUCGAUUGUGCAAUAGAGUAGAUGUAAGUAUUGUUUUGACUUAUUAUAAGGAAAAAUAAAAUUGAUGCAUAUGCAUAAUUUAAAGAAUAUCUUAAAA